AUGUCGUCGAGCAGUCAAACCCCUCUGCGAUUCCCUGCUUCUCUUCCGUCCACCGAGCCGCUUGUCACUAUAUCAUAUCCACACGAUGGCCUGUGGAUAAUCGAACUCCACAACGGAGAGGACUCACGUCUCACCAAGCGAAUGAUCGAUGAUGCUAUCCGGCCCGCCUUGGACCUUGUCGAAGAGCACUGGAAUUUUAACAGAGGCUCUUCCCCGACUACGCGAAGCAAGGAUAGCUCCGGCAGAGACAGUGGAGAAGGCGCUCUUAUAAUAAUAGGGAAGCGAAGUCAGGACAAGUUUUUCAGCAACGGUUUUGAGUACGAGAGCGUGAAGGGCAACCCGGCUUUCUUCAAUGAAACUGCGAAUCCGCUCAUUGCUCGCUUGAUGACUUUUCCAAUUCCGACGAUCGCCGCUAUUAACGGCCACUGCUUCGCAGCGGGAAUGAUGCUCGCCCUUUCUUGUGAUUACCGAAUAAUGACUGAUGGAAGCAGAAGACGUGCGUGGAUGUGUAUGAACGAGAUUCAUUUCGGUGCACCAUGGCCUCUGUCAUUUGCUGCUAUCUUGAACACCAAGGUUUCUGAUCCAUCUGUUCGAAGACGCAUUGCUUUGGAAGGACACAGAUUCACACCCUCAGAAGCGCUGGCAGCUGGACUCGUGGACCGACUAGCAACUUGUGAAGGUACAGGGGCCGAACUUGGGACAGAGAACGUUUUGCAGGAAGCUAUGAAACUCGCCAAGGAGGUUUCAGUGCUGCCCAAACAGGGUGUCUGGGGUUCCAUCAAAGCCUUCCUUUAUAGGGACUGUUUGGAGACUGUCCGUUUGGACGCGCGAACACAUUCGAUGCUACCAACAGCGAGGCUGUAG